AUGAGUCCCUUCUUUGUGAUGUCUCUCCUCUUUGGCUUGACUUUCAGUCAAACAGCAUCACUUUGUGCUCCUUCUGAGUAUAUAAUCCAUGUGGAGAAAAGGGAAUGUGCCUACUGCCUGGCCAUCAACACCACCAUCUGCGCUGGAUUUUGCAUGACUCGGGACAGCAAUGGCAAGAAGCUGCUACUCAAAAGUGCUUUGUCCCAGAACGUGUGCACAUAUAAAGAGAUGUUAUAUCAAACAGCACUGAUUCCAGGCUGUCCUCAUCACACCAUCCCUUAUUAUUCCUACCCUGUGGCUGUGAGCUGCAAAUGUGGUAAAUGUAACACUGAUUAUAGUGACUGUGUUCAUGAGAAGGUUAGGACAAACUAUUGCACUAAACCACGGAAGCUCUGCGGCAUGUAA